GCUGCUGUCCAGGAUGGCGGCGAUGAAGGAGCAGCAGUUCCCAGAGGAGAAGCCUCUGCUGCCGGAGCAGCGCGGCGUGGAUUCAGACACGCAGGAUAAAGGCGAGGAGGCGUCGGGGGGGUCGCCGCGCCCCACCGGCCACGCGCCUCUUAACCACCCCUCCCCCCCCGGCCGCCCCACUCAGCGCUGGCACGUCAUCGCGCGCCACUGGCUCCGCCAGACGCGCCGUCGCACCGGCGGGUCGAUCCCGGAAAGCUUCGACCAGCUGAUGCCGGUGGGGGAUUGGAAGGAACACGACGUCGAGACCCCGUACGGGACGCUGCACGUGGUGAUCCGCGGGGCGCCAAAAGGGAACAAGCCCGCCAUCCUCACCUACCACGAUGUGGGACUGAACCACAAGCUGUGCUUCAACUCCUUCUUCAGUAACGAGGACAUGCAGGAGAUCACCAAGCACUUUGUUGUUUGCCAUGUCGACGCCCCGGGGCAGCAGAUCGGGGCAUCGCAGAUGCCACAGGGGUACCAGUACCCUACCAUGGACCAGCUCGCUUCGAUGCUGCCCACUGUGGUGCAGCACUUUGGGUUCAAGAGCAUCGUCGGGAUCGGCGUCGGAGCCGGAGCUUUUAUUCUGGCCAAGUUCGCCCUGCUCUUCCCUGACCUGGUGGAGGGUUUGGUUCUGCUCAACAUCGACCCCAAUGGCAAAGGCUGGAUCGACUGGGCUGCCACCAAGCUGUCAGGUCUGACCAGCGCGCUGCCGGAUACGGUGCUGCCGCAUCUUUUCAGCCAGGAGGAGCUGAUGAACAACACGGAGCUGGUGCAGAGCUACCGGCAGCAGAUCAACAACACCGUGAACCAGUUCAACUUGCAGCUUUUCUGGAACAUGUACAACAGUCGGAGGGACCUGGAGAUGAAUCGCAGCGGCACUGUGAUCAAUGCAAAGACCCUGAAGUGCCCUGCGAUGCUGGUCGUGGGAGACAACGGGCCGGCUGAGGAGGGAGUGGUGAAGUGCAACUCCAAAGUGGACCCGACGAACCCCACCUUCCUGAAGAUGUCUGACUCCGGCGGUCUUCCCCAGCUCACACAGCCCGGGAAGCUGACCGAGGCCUUCAAGUACUUCCUGCAGGGGAUGGGCUACAUCGCUUAUGUGAAGGAUCGGAGGUUGGGUGGAGGGCCAGUGCCCUCGGCCAGCAUGACCCGCCUGGCUCGCUCCAGGACGGCCUCCCUGACCAGCGCCGGCUCCGUGGACGGGUCCCGCUCUCGGGCCUGCACCCGCUCCGACAGCGCCGAGGGGGUCGCCCCCAUCGCCCACACCAUGGAGGUCUCCUGCUGAAGGGUCGGCCCGGGCCGCAGAGAGAGCAAGAGAGAGCGGGGGGGCGGGGGGUCCGACGGGGUAGAUUUCAUUUUCCCCUCCAUGUCACUUUGUCCGUCAUCUUCUCCCCCCCGCCCCCUCCGCGGUACGUGUUGCUACUAAUUACCCCAACACACCUUGAAACAGCGCCCUCCUCGCCCCUAUCGCCCAACACUUGUAGGCAACAGUGUCAGUUCUUGCGGUGUCUUCCUUGUGUGCGCUAAUGUCCCCGUCCCAACAGAUACUGAAGACACGAGCUGCUGCUGAUCAGCGUCAUCAUCAGGAACUCCAGGACGUGGUUCUGCCUGUAGUCAGGUGGUCUCUAACGUGCCUAUCGCACUCUGACCCAAACCAAACUAGACCGGAGGACCCAGCUGGAGCUUUUCCUGGCUCCAGCGCCCAGGAUAAAACCAAAUGCCGUCCCCCCCUCUUGCAUUAAACCUGCACGUUCUGUGCUUUCAAAGGGGAAACUCGGUUUCAGUGCUGGACGGUCUUCAUGCGCCACAUUCAGCUUCCGGUUUUUUUGGAGCCGUUUGGGCGCCAAGCUCGGAAUGUAGGGCAACGCCCCCACGCCACCCUAAAAAAACACCAACCCGCAACAGCCCCCAAAUAAUCACAAGGUGCCCCGGCUCUCACAGGCAAACCCAGUCGCACCCUAAAGGGCUAUUAGCUGUCACGUGUUUGCUUUAAAUGGUCGGUAGUGUCAGUCGAGUUUCCGUUUAAAUCCGUCUUUAGAGCAGAAAAGCGAAGGUGUUGUUACCGAAACACGGAGAGAGAUUCCGACUUUAAGGAGUGGUGUGUGACUGAAUGUCAAAAGAAGAAUGUCAUUUCUGAUCAAGGGAGGAUUUAAAAAGAAAAAGAAGAAGCGCUCAGAUGUCAUUGGCCGGUCAGAUCGAGCGCCUCAUUCGACUCCUCUCGCAACCUCGCGGGGGAAUUUAUGAGCCCUGAAGUUUGCAUGUAGCGGAGUUUAUGUUCACCUCUCGUCGUUUUCUUACUUCACUAAGCUUUUUCCUGCACACUUGGGAUUUCUCCCACUCGUCUUCGACCUAACCUGCCCGGGAGAUCCCCAAUGUAUUUUGUCCUUUAUUGAAGUGCUGUACAGUAUCGUCAACCCCUGCAGAACCCCUCGCUGAGGUUUUCACUUCCAUCCCCGAACACAAAAAGCAAGCUGCUUCCUGCUCCUCUUGGAGUUUAGAAAUAGUGAAGUUUGGUAGCAACGUGUAAACAGCUCGAUCAGCUUCUGUAGACGUCGGUCCUCCUUUCACCUGUAGAUAGUCUCAGUUUGCAGCACAGGUCCCCCGAAGCGACACUGAAGAAAACUUUAACAUAUUUCUGUUCCUCUUCAUUGGAGUUUCUUUUUUUAAUAGGAAACUAUAGGGUGUAAUCUUGGUAUAAUCAUAUUUGUUUGUGUGUACUACUACUACUACUCUUCGUCAUUGCUGCCAUUAUGGUUGAUUUGUAUUGAGCAAUAAGUUCUUCUUUUGUCGUUUGGUUGUUUCACACUGGGAGCUUGUUUCUAUUCACAACAGUAGAAGGGUUCUCCCCUACUUAGCUGUCAUUCAGAUGUGUAAUGUUAUUCAGUAUAUGGUAUUCAAAUAGUAAGAUUACUCUGUCUGUGUACUGAUCAAGUAACAAGUAUGAAAUAAAAACUUUGUCAAAAUGUA